CAGUCAGAACAAUUACGUUAACCCCACCUACGUGGAAGCUGACCAUCGUCAUGUCCGCCGUGAAGACCGUUUGUAUCAUGGGGUUUUCCAUCCUAUUUUACGCGGAAGUGUUCCCCGGGAGGCCGGUGAAGGAUUGGGUGGACGGAUGGGGGCAUCUCGGCAGUCAGUUGACCAAGACGGAUUGGUUAAUGUUCGCGGGAAACAUCGGCGGCAGUUUCUUUGGUUAUUUCACCGCCUAUAUCGCGUGUACGACGUGCAUGCAGAGGUUCGGUUUCACAGUUCCACUCACUUUGUUCAGCACACCGCUCUCUUACGUCACAUUAUACGUCAUGUGUAAGAAAGACGUCUUAGGCGAAUCCACUUGCAGCAUGUACGGCAACACUCACUCAGUGAUCGCUCUGGUACUGCUCGUUGCCGCCCAGACUAUCUCCACCGGGUACCUGCUUUUCCGGUCUCAGUUCCUGGUCAUGCUCAAGGAAGAUAAGUUGUUUUGGACGCCUAUGUACACCAGUGGCCUGUUGGAGCAGUGGCUGAUGUUGUCCCAGAAGACCGAGUACCACGACGAACAGCAUGAGGAUCCCGUGCUAAAGGCCAGCCGGACGAAGGUCAUCAUAUGUACCACAAUGUACAGAGAGGCGGACGACGAAAUGAGGCAACUCCUGCAGUCUAUCAGGGGUAUCAAUCGCGCACAGACAGAUGGGACGCGGCACUUCGAGUCGCACAUAUUCUUCGAUGGCGCCGUGAAAGACGUGAACCCGACGGAUUCUGUACUAAUGCUCGUAUCUCUGGCGGAAGAAGAACUAGGCGUGAAGGCAGACAACUGCGCGCGCACGAGAACACCUUACGGAAUGACCGUUGAAUGGGAACUGAUCAAUAACAAGGGCCACCGGAUGUUGCUUAGGAUACACCUCAAGGACAACGAGAAGGUUAAGAACAAGAAGCGAUGGAGCCAGGUGAUGUACAUGACUUACGUUCUAGAUUUCUUCCUGAAACAGGAGAACAAUUGCCGACAAGACGAGUGUUUCAUUCUCACCACCGACGCCGACGUUUGCUUUAAUGUUGACUCCGUUGAGGCGCUUUUAGACUUGAUGACACGUGACCCCAGUGUGGGGGCGGUAUGCGCGCGAACCCAUCCCCUAGGGAGUGGCCCCAUCGUCUGGUACCAGUUGUUCGAGUACGCAGUUGGUCACUGGUUUCAAAAGGCAGCUGAGCACGUGGUCGGUUCGGUCCUUUGUUCCCCCGGAUGUUUCAGCGUCUACCGUUGCAGCGCUAUCCGUGACAUCCUACCCGAGUACGCCACGAACGUGGAGCACGCGUUCGACUUCCUGACCAAAGACAUGGGAGAGGAUCGCUGGCUUUGCACACUCAUGGUACAGAGCGGAUGGCGAAUCGAGUACUGCGCAGCCGCCAAAAAUAGUACACACUGCCCGGAAGACUUUGACGAGUUCUUCAAACAGCGUCGCCGGUGGGUUGUAUCUACAUUGGCAAACCUAGCUCUGUUGGUGAAAGAGUGGAGCACAAUCUCCAGGCUUAAUCACCGUGUUUCCGUCGUGUUUCUGCUCUACCAAGCCGUGCAUCUGUUCGCCACCAUGAUUAGCCCCAGCUCAAUUAUUCUUGUGGUCACAGGUGGUCUGACGUAUGCAUGGUCAAUCAAUCCGACGAUUUCUGUGAUACUUCAGGUUUUUGUGAUGGUGGUCUACGCCUUGGUGUGUUUAACGACCUCGUCGAAAACUCAGCUCAAUGCGGCGAAAUUUCUAUCGGUUCUGUACACGAUCGUAAUGACGGCGGUCAUGGUGGGAACUGCUGUACAGGUUGCUAAAGAGAUCUCAAAGACAGAGGAUGCUCAAUUAAUCCACCCAUCAUUCCCUAUUUCAACCACCACGCUGUACCUGGCCAUCGUGGUGGGCAUAUUCCUGCUGACGGGCAUGAUGCACCCGAGCGAGUUCUAUUGCCUCUUGCACGGUUUCUGGUUCUUUCUCUGCAUCCCCGCCGGCUAUCUAAUUCUCAUGAUCUACAGCAUCUGUAACAUCACCGACCAAUCUUGGGGAACUCGUGAGGUGAAACAGCGCUCUGUGCGCGUUGUUCACAAGAACUGGCAGGAUCGACUGAUUGCAGCGUUCAAAUACAUUUUCUUGUGA